AUGCGGGUGAACGAGAGUCCGGCAAUUCUCUUCAUCACAACGGUGCUCAGUCACAUAGCACUGCUUCCUACACUGCACUUUUUUUACAGGCGCAAAUACAUUUUUGAGUUAUGUUGCGCAAGCUUCGGCUUUCUCGCCUCCUUCAUGUACCACACAACGGAAAGCUUUGGUACAUCCAUCUUCCUUUCUGAGGUAGCGUGGCAUCGCCUCGACAAUGUCGGCGUUAUCUCGAUACUGGGGAUCUGGUGCGUGUAUCUCUGCUGCUUCCAGAACCCCUGUGUGGACAUGAGCUGCAAGUGCUUCUGCAUCUUUUUUACCCUUGUGGUGCAGCAGAAACACCCGUGGGACGUGCGUCUUACUAUCUCCCCAAUUCUUUUCUUCACCUUAUUUCCCGUCGUAAAGCACUGCUUUAUCGAGCAACGCAUCCCACCGUUCUGUGCCCGGCAGUUGGCCUGUGGUGUCUUUCUUUUCUUCUUUGCUACUAUCUUUUUCUUCCUCGGUCUUGACAGCCGUGCAGACAGGUACCGCAUGUACCACGGUGCAUGGCAUUUUUUCGGAGGACUAUCCUCCUUCUUCUUGUGGGAAAUGGUGAAGACUCCUGGAUGCACAGGCAACUACGCCGUCCAGCGUCGGGAAUACACCCUGCGUGGGGAUACCAUGGUGUAG